AAGUGUACAGAGAGUUACCGCCCAUGUCUUUUCCUCCUCCCAUCGACAAGUCGUCGACGUGAAAGAAAUGGCAUCACGAACAGAGAAAGAUCGCGCAAAGGCACAACAAGAAAAAUUCCAAGCUAUUCUUUCUAACUUCUUGAAAGACGAGGACAACAAAUAUUGUGUUGACUGUGAUGCUAAAGGACCAAGGUGGGCAUCAUGGAAUCUUGGUAUAUUUCUCUGUAUACGAUGUGCUGGUAUCCACCGUAACCUUGGGGUUCAUAUCUCAAAGGUCAAGUCUGUCAAUCUGGACACCUGGACGGCUGAACAAAUUGCAAUGAUGCAAGAGAUGGGGAACAGUCGUGCCAGAGCUGUUUACGAAGCCAACAUUCCUGAUGGAUUUCGCCGUCCACAAACAGACUCUGCACUUGAGGCUUUCAUCCGAGCCAAAUAUGAGCAGAAAAAGUACAUUGCUAAGGAGUGGGUUCCACCCAGACCAGUUGUCCCAAAAGAGUAUAUCAUGGAGUGGCUUGAAGAUGAUCGAGCUGAUAAGAAAAAAAUACGUGGCAAACCAGUGGGAGCAGUUGGUCAAAGUUCUAAUUCUGCCAGCAGCCCUGUGGCAGCAGAAGUGAAGCCUGUCAGCUCCGCCCCACUGGAAGCCAAGCCGCAGGCGCAGGCACAGCCAUUGCAGCAGGCACAGGCACAGUCACAGCCACAACCUGUAAAACCCAAGUCUGGUACAGAUGACCUUCUGGGGCUGGAUUUUUCUAUAAGUUACAUGCAAAAUGCAGAGCCAGUCCCUGUACAAACCAGUGCUGGCCAGAAUGACCUACUGGCAGACCUCUUUGGAGGAUCCAGCUCAGCAGGACUGGGAGGUGCUGGACAGCAGAACAUCACUACUGGACAGCAGAAUGGCCUGGCAGAAGCAAACUUAUUUGAAAGUGGUGGUGGGGGUAACACUGAAGGCUUUGGAGAGAAGAAGUCUGCCAAGGAUUCUAUCAUGGCACUCUAUGGCAGUGGUGGGCAGCAGCAAAUGUUUGGUGUUCCAGGGUAUGGUAUGACCCCAACAUACAUGGUAGUCUCAGCAACACAUGUCCCCUCUUCGGAACUUCUGGUCCCUGAAAAAUGGACAUCAGCCCCGGCUAGCAAGCCAGAGGUCUCUCCUCCAUCAGCCAAUAUGUGGGGAUAUCCCAGCGUUUUGCCACCUGGAAUGGGCGAUUAUAGCACUCAGUGUAACGCCAGCAUGUAUUAUUAUGCAGCAGGAGGUGGGAUGUAUGUACCUCAGCAGAUGUAUGGCAAUAUGGGCAUGGGAGUUCCCAUGAUGCAACAGCAGCCUGGCAUGGUGGGACAACCCUUGCCACAAGGAAUGAUUGGAAUGCAGCCACCAAUGUAUGGGGGCAUGGGUCAGAUGGUAUCAUCACAGAUGCCAGGGGGCCUGAUGGGUCGACAACCAAACAUGAUGGGGACUGGCAUGUACAUGCCACAGGGAGGAAUGCAGCAGGUUCCAGCACAAGUGCAACAGAUUAACCAGAUACAACUCAAUCAGAUGCAGCAGCAAAUGGCAGCCAUGAAGCUGGGCAGCGGACAAGUGUCAAGCAUGCAGCAACCUCCUGCUGCAGCUGCAGGAGGCAUGGUCUGGGGUGGGGCCAGUGCAGGCCACACCUUGUCCACCAAUCUCUGGCAAUGAUGAUGAUUUAUGUUAGCAAAAGGUGCUGUCUGAGCAUUCCAUUCUUGUUCCGACUGACCCAUUCAGAAAAUGGACUUUCCACAUGUUUUACAGCGUGUAACCUUUGUUCUGUCAUGUUAUCAUCCACAUCGAGAAACUAGUUCUGUUAAAAUUCACUGAAAAGUUUGAAGUCAUUUAGAUCUUAAUUCUGUCAUACAUGAGGGGGUUUCCAUUAAAAAAAAAUUGAUUAAACAGAAAAGUUAGUGGUAGUCACUGUUUAACUGGAUUCAUGAUAAGCAUCUCAUGCCUGGUAUUACAGUCAAUGCCUGACUCAAUCCUUGGCUCUUUCAGCAGAUAGGUUUCUAUAUUUAUAAAAUAGUUUAAGAGUUCUUCCAGAAAGUAGUCUUUCCAUGUGUGUAAUUUCAUGACAUUAGCAAUUUAUUCUGUCAUGUAUGGUGCACUCUGGUAGUAGUAAGUGUUUUGUACAUUUGUAAACAUUUUUUUUUAAUCAACAUCAGCAUCACCCUCAGGUCGUAUGUACAUAUGCUAUCCAAACGUGAUCUGACCUGGUGGUGUUCUAUGUCAAGUAGUUGUAAGCUUGCAUUUGAGUGGCUGCUACCAGGUCCCUUUUGAAAAUCUUUAUAUAUGUGUUAAAUUGUCAUUAAUGAGUGUAGAUUAUCAUGUAAAUAGGUGUAAACAAUCAUUUCUGGACACCUGCUUUUUGUACAUACGAGUUCUACAUAUAGAUUUAAAGGCACACUGAUUUUGACAAGAUAUUAUCAGAGGCUUAAUGUUAGAUUUGAAUGGGGAUUAAGGAAGAUUAUUUUUUUCUGCUAAUAAUUGCUUUCGGACUCCUUUCUCCACCCUAAAGUUUUUACCUUUUUUUGUUUUUUGUUUUUUAUUUUGGAGAGGGAAAAUCCAUUCCACUGCUUCCACUUUGCUCUGCUUUUGUUGAAUCUUUAAUUUCAGAUAGCUUUCUUUCUGCAUUUUGAUAAUAUCCUAACAUGCUCUGCUUUUUUGCAUAGCAAAACUAAUUUUUGUUCUAAUUAGUGUUUUUCAAAAUGAUAAAAAUUACAUCAGCCCAUUAUGUUAAGUAGGUUUUGAUUAGUGGAUCUUUUUAAACACAUUUUGCUGUAGCAUUUGUUUCUACAGCACCAGUAAUUUUGCGAUGGUCCUACCCAGCAUACGCUGCUGAUAUUUGAAGCAUACACUGCAGAUCCAUACCUGAGGUGGAAAUACUGUCCUUUACAUCGUGGCCAGUAGUCCAUAAAUAUUUGUGGCAAGCACCAUAAAUGUACCAGCAAUAUCAGAUGGAAAAUUGUUUGUUCAGAAUAUGUUGAGGCCACAGUAGUCCUGCAGUUAUGAUCACUAACAGCAGUGAAGGUAUGCCACUAAAGCAUGACAUUAACAUUGAAAUAUGCAGAGCGUUAUCAAUCAAUAAAAGAACAUUAUUUUGGCACCUUGACAAAUUUGUAGUGAGGAUGAAGCAUCAUUGAAGUGUUCUGUGUAAUCCAGGGAUACUGGUUGUCAUAUAUAUAUAUAGCAGGCUAGAUCAUUGUAAAAUCUAUUUUGAGAUUCAUUAUCACUAAAUCUAAAGUUGAUCUGUAGUGUUAGCAUGACUUCAGCAUCAUGGUCUGAAAUUCAGUGUUCCCAACUCACUAGAGUUCUUUUUAUACACUUAUCUUACAUUUUAUUUUAAGCAGCCCAGUGUAAAACUUUUUUUUUUUUUUUUGACCACUGCCUAUCCCAGUGUUUAUUUUUCAAUCAUAAUUCUCAUAUUGCUGCACAAUUUUAAUGGUCCUAUAAUUCUUGCUUUAUUUUCAUGAGCUAUUACAAAAAUGUUCAAACUGAAGGUGAUGCUUAAUUUGUGUACCUUCCAAUAAUAGUGAAUUUUAAUAUAAAAUAAUAGUAUUAACUUACAAUGCACAGCAUCAUGGCCAAAAUAGAUCGCACUCUCUGCACAGACCAGUAAUGAUAAAUGAAAGAUAACUGUCAGUGGAUGGCGAGGUACGUAUAGACACACUGAACAACAUAAAGAUGAGGUACAAUAGUAGAAGGUAAAGCAAUAAAUGAAGGUAUGAAGGGAUGUAGAUCCUAUAAACAGUGCAAGAUGGAGUCGUUACAUGAUGGUUCGCAUGACAGUGUUGCCAGGAGUUAAGUAUAGUAAUUCAGGGAUAGUACUAAGUGAACAGAUAUGUUUUCAGAGAGCAUUUGAAUGUAGCCUUGGAGUCCAAGUGGCCAAUGUGAUGUGGAAGAGAGUUCCACUACUUAGUAGCACAGAGGAGGAUGCCCCUUGUCCAUAUGUGACUGUUUUGUGGGAGGGAAUAUGCACAUACCCCAAAUAAAAUGCAGGCUUUAAAGAAAACUUUGGAAGACAAAUAGGCCAGAAUGAUGAGAUCUCAUGAUAAUACCAGACCUUUGGCUAACUAGAUCAUGUAACUUCUGUCCUAUCCAGGAUAUAAGUCUUGAAAGACAAGCUUGUAGAAAGUCUAUUUCUUGUGAUCCUGUCUUGUCAUGUCUCUGUAUUGAGUUUGCCUGAGGAUUCACAAAACCAGAUUUUUUUUGUACACCUUGCCAAGCAGUAGAAUCCCUUUGGAUGCUGUAAGGACAUGUCUUAUGCAGUAAACUGUAAUCACUAAAGAAUUUUCAUGUUGUGUAUUGUAGACAUACUUUGACAGAUAAUUCAGUGUAUGAUAACUGGCAUUUUUAUGUUGUUUAUAAAAAGAUUGGUAAAUUAAAUGUUUCAUAAUUAUAAGUAUGCCAUGUUCUGCAUUGUUACAUGCACAAUUGUUAAGUACAAAUUAGAUCAGAGACCUUUCACGUUUGACCAUUAGCUCAAAACAAAAUGCUUUAUCUUCUGGCCAUGACAGAUUUCUGUAGUUGUAUCAGACUUCAGAAACUGAAUGUUUAACAUGAAUGAAUGCCUUUGAAUGUUUUAAAAAGUUCAAUUUUAUAUAUCUUGUGACUAUUGAUAUCGUGGUAAUAGAUUUUGUGCUUAGUUGCGUGUAGCAAUGUAAUGUGUUCACCUCAUACUAAAUGGAGACUUAAGUUAAGAGGUUCUUUGUAUGUCCUUUUAUCAUGAAAUGUAAAAUGGCUCCAGUGGUUUCCUUUAUUUUCAUGUGGGCAUAAAAAAGUCGGUAUGUCUAUGUAGAUUGCUGCAUAUUGUGGAACCAUGUUGGUCUCAGGAUUCAGCACUAAGAUCAUUCAGAAACAUCAGAUCAAGAUGCGGCUUUUGAUGAUUCAAAGUUGUCCUUAAAGAAUAUUUUAUAAAUUUAUUUACGGACAUAAUCAUAUAGGUAAGAAAACUGCAUGCUGCAGAUAUGGUGGUUUAACAUGCCACUCCCCACCCCUUUAUUCAUUUAGAGCAGGUGAUAAAAAAUGUAUAUUGCUGUUUCUGAUUGGAGUACAAAUAUGUUUGAUGUAGCCUAAGAUAUGCAUGUGGAGAAAAAGUUAUCUUUUUCACCUCUCCUAAAUUCUCCUGCCAAAGUUUUUUUUUAUUCAAAAAAAAAUAUUCCCAUGUUUGAUUUGUUCAACAACAGGUUUGUACCAUUUUGCAAUGGGAGCAAACUAACCUGGUCAUAAACAAGCUAGCUAAGCUGGAAGUUCUCAUCCAAAGCAGGUCAUGACCAACUACCUUACCUGGCAACUAUCAUUCUAAACAGUCUGUAACCAUGCUAUGCUGGCAGCCGUCACGCUGAACUGGUCAUAACCAUGGUAGCUUAGCUGGCAACUGUUAUCUAGAAAUGGUCGUAGCUUAAUUGGCAGCUGUCAUGUAGAACUGGCCAUUAUGCUAUACAGGCAACAGUCACCUUGCAAGGCUUAAUAAGGAGGGUUAUCAGAUGUCAUUUUGGAAGAAGGCCUGUACACCUCUAGAUGGUAGCUAGGUAGUGAAGGCAAAGCAGUCAGUUCACCUAUUUUUAGCCCACUGCUUUUUGUUAGUGCAUUGCUAUUGUGCACCUGGCUCCUAGAAGGCACAACACACCUCAUGUGUGCAUCUAAAAAUAGUUGCAUCGUAAAAUCCUAUUUUUAUGUUACUGUACAUCUUGGAAUCCUGUAUUAUCUGUAUCUAGAUACUCAGGAAAUAUCGACAAAGUAUUUUGAUGUCUACUUUCACAAUAUCCAUCUUAAGACUGUGAAAUAACUUGCAUCAAAGAAUUUCAUGAUCCAGACAGUUCAAGAUCAGUUGCCCAAAGACUGAAAGUUCUAAAUAACUUUGAGACGCAUAAUCUUGUUUGCAGUCUCAAGUUAUUUUGGGUUUUAAGUCUAUGCUUUUUGAUAGAUCUGUCUCAGAUCACGUCUUUAACACUAGGAAAACUGCAAUCACAUUUAACAAAUCUAUUGGGGGAAGUGCUAUGUGAAGAUCAAUACAAAACUUUAGCUCUUUAAAAAAAGCAAGUCAUUUCUUAAUAAAACAAUCAGCAACGACCUGUGUUUGAA